CUCUUCAACACCCUGCAGCUGGACGAGGGCCGGGCCCAGCGCUGCAGCCAGGUGCUGCUGGAUGCCCCCAUCCAGCUCUCUCAGAUCACCGAUGGAUACGCCGACACCAGUGCGGAGCUGCUGCCGGGGCUGUUGCUGAAGAGAGGACAGACCUCGAUGGUGAACGCGAAGAAACUGGAGAAGGCGGAAGCCAGGCUGAAAGCCAAGCAGGACAAGAGGAUGGAGCGGGAUUCCCUGAAGUCAUCUGGUCCGCUGGUCCUUGAGGAGGCGUCUGCCAGCCAAGCUGCCAGCAAGAAGGAGAAUCGCAUGGAGUCGUCAGGCAAGAACAAGUCGUAUGAUGUGCGCAUCGAGAACUUCGAUGUGUCCUUCGGUGAGCGCGUCCUCCUGGCAGGAGCAGACCUGAACCUGGCGUUCGGACGGCGCUAUGGGCUGGUGGGCAGGAACGGGCUGGGGAAGACCACGCUGCUGAAGAUGAUCGCCAGCCGGAGCCUGCGCAUCCCCUCGCACAUCAGCAUCCUCCACGUGGAGCAGGAGGUGGCAGGGGACGAGACGGCAGCGCUGCAGAGUGUGCUGGAGUGCGACACCACGCGCGAGAGCCUGCUGCGGGAGGAGAGGGAUCUGACAGCCAGGAUUAACGCUGGCAGGGGAGAAGGGACGGAGGGUGCCCGGCUAUCGGAGAUCUAUGCGAAGCUGGAGGAGAUUGAGGCAGACAAGGCGCCGGCGAGGGCAUCUGUCAUUCUCGCCGGGCUGGGCUUUAAUGCAAAGAUGCAACAACAGACGACCAAAGAGUUUUCUGGAGGCUGGAGAAUGAGACUGGCCUUGGCCAGAGCCCUGUUUGCCAGGCCAGAUCUCCUCCUGCUGGAUGGUAAGUCAAACAUGCUGGACGUGAGGGCCAUUUUGUGGCUCGAGACCUACCUGCAGACCUGGCAGUCGACCAUCCUCGUGGUGUCCCACGACAGAAACUUCCUGAACGCAGUGGCCACGGACAUCAUCCACCUCCACUCACAGCGGCUGGACACGUACCGUGGGGACUUCGAGAACUUCAUGAAGAUCAAGGAGGAACGGCUGAAGAACCAGCAGCGAGAAUACGAAGCCCAGCAGCAGUACCGCGAACACAUCCAGGUUUUCAUCGACCGGUUUCGCUACAACGCCAACCGGGCGUCCCAAGUGCAGAGCAAGCUCAAGCUGUUGGAGAAGCUGCCAGAGCUGAAACCUGUGGACAAGGAGUCUGAGGUCAUCAUGAAGUUCCCCGAUGGCUUUGAGAAGUUCUCCCCCCCUAUUCUGCAGCUGGAUGAAGUAGAUUUCUAUUACGACCCGAGUCACUACAUCUUUCGUUCCCUCUCCGUCUCCGCUGACCUGGAGUCCCGCAUCUGUGUGGUUGGGGAAAACGGAGCUGGCAAGUCGACUAUGCUAAAGAUCUUAAUGGGAGAGCUGGCACCCGUCAGAGGGAUCAGACAUGCUCACAGAAACCUGAAGAUCGGUUAUUUCAGCCAGCACCACGUGGAUCAACUGGACUUGAACAUCAGUGCUGUGGAGUUGCUAGCAAGGAAGUUCCCAGGGAAGACGGAGGAGGAGUACCGGCAUCAGCUGGGGAGCUACGGCGUCUCAGGGGAGCUGGCUGUGCGCCCUGUGGCCAGCCUGUCCGGGGGUCAGAAGAGUCGCGUGGCCUUCGCCCAAAUGACGAUGUCCUGUCCAAACUUCUACAUCCUGGAUGAGCCCACAAAUCACCUGGACAUGGAGACCAUUGAGGCGCUGGCAAAGGCACUGAAUAAGUUUCGGGGUGGUAUAAUUCUGGUGUCCCACGAUGAGCGCUUCAUCCGCCUGGUGUGCCAGGAGCUGUGGGUGUGCGAGAAUGCCACCGUGACCCGCAUCGAGGGCGGCUUUGACCAGUACAGAGACAUCCUGAAGGAGCAGUUUCAGAAGGAGGGUUUCCUAUAA